AACGCGUCAAGCUGGUAGAUGAAUCGACCUUUUGAAAAUCUCUUCUCGCUUUAGACAAUGGAAAGGUAUCAACUUUAUCCCUUUUCCUCAAAUCUAUAAAAUCUUAAAGAUAUUACCUCUAGUGAACAUAAAUCAAAGUAGCAUUAACCCUCCACAAAAGCUUACUUUGGAGGCAAUUUCUCCAAAUGGCUUGUUUUCUGAUCAUUCUCAUCACCCUCUGCUCAGCCUUGCUGAACACCAUUAGUGGAGCUUUCAUCGAGGAAAGCAGAGAAGCCGUGGUGAUAAAGCGCGACGGAAAGACGACCCAUCUCCACUUCUACUUCCAUGAUAUCCUUAGUGGCAAAAACCCAAGUGCUAUCAAGAUUGCAGGACCCUCCAAAAGCACCAUUUUCAACUUCGGAAACACAAUGAUGAUCGAUGAUGCUCUAACGGAAGGGCCUGCACUCGAAUCGAAACUCGUUGGAAGAGCUCAAGGAUUCUAUGCCCUGGCUGCACAAAAUGAGAUUGCAAUGCUUAUGGUUAUGAACUUUGUUUUCACGGAAGGUGAGUAUAAGGGUAGUACUCUUAGCAUUCUUGGGAGAAAUCCAGUGGGUGAUGACGUGAGAGAAAUGCCUGUAGUUGGAGGUAGUGGGGUUUUCAGACAAGCUCAUGGCUAUGCAUUGGCACAUACAGUUUUGUUUGAUCCAAACACAGGAGAUGCCACUGUCGAGUACAAUGUUUAUGUAUCGCAUUUCCAGCCUGAUACUAACUUGCCUGCUGCUAGCUUAGCUCGACAUGGGAUGAAGCCAGGGCAACAUGCUUUGUUUUUUGUUUUUUUACUUUUUAUUUUUGUUUUCGGGUUGAACAACUCAUUCACUUCUAAUUAUGUCUAAUUUAUAUCAUAUCGUUAUUUGAUUGUGCC